AUGGAGGCAGCGCGGUCGGCAACGGGACGUCUGCUGCUGCGCGAGCUCAACCCUUACAUCUUGUGCACGCUCUGCGGCGGCUACUUCAUUGACGCCACCACCAUCGUCGAGUGCCUGCACUCCUUUUGUCGGAGUUGCAUCGUACGUCACCUUGAGAAGAGCAAGUUCUGUCCUAUCUGCGAUGUCCAGGUGCACAAGGCGAAGCCACUGCAAAGCCUCCGGAGCGACCGGACGCUGCAGACGCUGGUGUACAAGCUGGUGCCCGGGCUGUACCAGGCCGAGGUGCGGCGCCGGCGGGAGUUCGAGGCGGGCCACGGGGUGCCGCCGCGGCCGCAGUCGCCUUCCUACUUCCUCUCCGCCGACGACUUCGUGCUGCUCGAGCUGGGAUACCACCAAAGUGACUUUCCGACGGACGAUGAAGCGCCCAACGGUGGAGAGAUGCAGCAUUCAAAGGAGGAGGCGGCGGGUGUGCAUCCGUGGUACCUGCGCUGCCCUGCAGCCGUCAGCAUCCGCCAGCUGAAGCACCUGGUGCGCUCCAAGUUCGGCGUCACGGACGAGCACCGAGUAGACGUCAUCUACAGGGGCGAGUGUCUGCCAGACACGUUCACGCUCAUGGACAUCGCGUACACCUUCUCCUGCCAACGGUCGUCGCGGAUGCAGGUGACGUACCGCAUAUACAGGCGGCAGCCUCCCGAGUCCGCGGCGGUGUCCUCGUCCGCUGCCGCCUCGGAGGCAGAACUGGAGGAAGAGGAGAAGGCCGGGUGUGACGCCGCCACGGAAGCGGCCGGCGGCGCCACCGCGGCGGAGGGGGCGGAGGGCCAGGCGGGGGCGGCCACUGCCAGCCCCAUCCCCACCCCCGCCGCUGACGGCGAGGGGGAGCAGCCGCCCCCUGGGGACGCGGACGCAGCCGCUGCGGCGGAGGCGGUGGUGGAGGCGGCACUGCAAGCGCCACCGUCUUCAGGGACGGAGGAGGCGGGGGCCGAAGCGGCCGCGUCCGUCCAGCCCUCGCGAGAAACGUCCGUCUGUCCAGAAGAGCUGGCGCCCCAGACGGAUGACAAGGUGGACCCGCAGCCGGCGGAAACGCCUGCAACGGACCCUGGAGCGCGUAUCGAAAACUUGCCGCCUGCUUCACUGACUGAUGUGCAGACGGCCGUCCCGGAAGCUGCGCCCUGCGUCGAGAGCGCGUCGCCGACAUUGGCGCAGCAGCAGCAGGAGUCCGAACCCGCGACUCCAGUGGCAGAGGCGCUGGGGCCGCAGCAGCAGCCGGAAAAGGCGGCGUCAGCGGCUGACGUGCCGGCGCAGGGCCAGCAGCCGCAACCCGCGACGCCGGCGACAGAGACGACGCAAGAGAAGAGCGACGAGGCGAUGGACUGCGCGGCGGUAGCGCCGUUGACUGACUGCGUUGCGAGCGCAAACCACAAGACUGAAGAAGGGGAGGCCGAGCGCAAGCCGCUUGCGCCCAACCCCAUCGUCCUGCCUGUCACCUCGUUCGACCUAGAAUCUAUAGCGGACGACUUCAACGAAGAGGAGGACGAGGACGAGUUUACCUUGCGAAUAUCGUCUUCUGAAGGCGAGGACGAAGAAGUGGUUGCCGAGCCUCUGCCAGAGAAACCCAAAGAACCGGAACCCGUUCCGGAGAAGCCCGCGGAGGAGGAGGAGCAGCCCGUGUUGCCGAGAGAGAAGAGGGGCAAGGGUCUCGGCAAGUCGAAGGCGAAAACGAGAGAGGAACACGGCGGUGGGCGCAAGAGGAGUAAGCACAAGUCUAAACACCACGCGCGCGGCGAAGAAGGUGCUAAGAAGAGGAGGGUACACAAGAGCGAAAUCACGUCGACGCCGACGAUUUUGCAGUACGAUAAGGACGCCAUGAAGCUGAAAGUGAAGCUGAAUUCCCCCACGAGUCCGGUGAUAUCUAACCUUCCGUCUUCCUCGAAUUCGGGGCACCACAAGCACCACCCUCACCACCACUCCAAACACCACCACCAUAACAAACACCAGGAGCAGCAGGACCAGAACGGAGCGGGGGUGGGCAGUAGUGGCGACGCGGCUAACGCCGACGGGGAUUGGGCGGUAGCUGCCAAGGAGCGCGUUCCACAGGUCAGGUCGCACAGGACGAACAAGAGCCUGUGCUAUACUCCCAAGUCUCCCGACACACCCGAGGAAGGAAACGGGGCGAAGAAGACGAACGUGAUGCUUCCGCCGUCCUCCAUCACCGUAAGCAAGGUCACUGCUGGCGAGAAGCGCAAGCUCGACCACAAGACGAACAGUGCGUCGGAAAGUAAGAGGCCCGCCCUCGAGAUUAUGCUGGUCAACGCGCCCGGCCCCGGACAGUCGGGCAGCGGAGGACAGAACAAGACCGCUGCCAAGUCGUCUACUUCGUCUAAGCAAACUCCGUCCACUACGAGCGAGUCGGAGUUCGGUAAAAAGGCGGGUGGGGGUGAGGGUCCGAGUGCAAAAACGUCGAGACCUCUGCCGGCGACGAUACCGCUCGUGAGGAUUAAGAAGCCCUCGGCGACGGGCGUGCGGCCCCUGACGGGUCUCACGAUCACUCCGAAGCCGCCGUCGAACGCCGCGAACAAGAGCGGGCCGCCGGCGAGGACUGCGGCGGCGCCCAAGGCGGACAGCAGCAAGCCGGACGACGAGCAGGCGAUCCGGCACGACGACAUUGGCGCGCUCGACCUGUCGGGCAAGUCGUCUCGGGCGCGGGACGGCGCGUCGCCCACGUCGCCCGGCAUGGACCUCAGCUCGCCGCCCUCCACCAAGAGCCCCACGGCGCCCGCGCAGCAGAGCAUACUGUCCAUCGCGCAGACGCUCGUCCACCGCCAGCUGUCCAGCCUGCACCCGGGGCUCGUUAUGGCCGGCAACGCCAACCUCAUCUCGUCGACGGUACCCGGUCGCAACGGGAGCAACUCUCCCAACGCGCCCUCGGACGGUGCGCUAUCCUCCGCGCUACUGGGGACGCUGGCGGGGCCCGGCGGAGGUGGUGGCGGCGCGCCGUCCGGAUCGACGCCGACGUCCAAUAUGAGCAACCUCAAGACGCUGUCCGAGGCGGCGGUGCACAUCCGCAACAUGAUGUCGUCACAAGGCAAGGGCGGCGCGCGUGCGCCGUCCAAGCAGCAGCAGCAACAACAGCAACAACAACAGAAGGCGGCGGCAGCGGCGACGUCGCAGGCCAAAGGUCCGGCCAAGUCCGGAGCGUUCUCGCGGCCGUCCUCGACCGGUCAGUACGCGUCCGGCGCCGGCUCCGGCGCGACCUCCGCCUACUCGCUGGCCGCGGCGGGAGGCCCGGGCUCUCCGAUCCGCAUCCCCGUUCCGCCGUCGAAGCCGGCGGGCACCCCACAGCUCCACGACGUGUUCUCGUGCCGCGGUCGCGGCGCGGCGGGGGCGGGGCCGCCCGGGGGCGGCUACGCCAGCCGCAAACCCGGCCCGAACCAGACGGUGCGCCACAUCCCCAACCCGUCGGCGCUGAUGUUCCGCCAGCAGCCGCAGCACCGCAUGCAGGCCAAGGCGCCGCCCAUCUACCAGGGCUACGCCACGUCCAAGGCGUCUGCCGCGCAGGCCGCCGCCGCCGCCGCCGCCGCCGCCGCCACCGCCACCACCACCGCCCAGUCGUCCGUCUCCAACAUCCGCAAGAUGGAGAACAUGACGCGCAACAUCGAGAAGGUGGCCGCCGGGCUCACCAUUCGCGCCGUCGAGGCCAACGUCAGCAAGUGA